UGAGAGCACUUCCUGGAGCUGAGAGUCAGUUGUCUGUGUUCUGACAUGUUUCGAGGGCUGUUGUUUACUGUUACCUGAAGUUUUAUUGGCUUCACUGUUAUUUGUCGUCCACUUAAUCCAUAAGAAGCCUGUUUUCGCUGCCUUGAUGCAAAAGCUGGAUCAUUUAGGGGUCAGAGCAGGUUUAAAUAAUGAAACAGGAGUACCAGGAUCUCAUCCUGCAGGUGUGUGGUGCUUCAUCUCUGCGAGUUGGUUCUAAGAUCCAGACCCUGUGGAGUGGCUAUGGGGAGAUAGUCCGGCUGUACCUGGAGGGCUGUGACCGGCCCUCUGUGGUCGUCAAACAUGUCAAGUUCCCAGAGGAGGCCGAGCACCCCGGCGGCUGGAACACGGAUCGCUCCCACAGUCGUAAAGUGAGAUCCUACCAGGUGGAGACGCACUGGUACCAGAACUACUCCACCAAUCAGAGGUGUCGCAUCCCUGCCUGCCUGGCUGCCCGUUCCUAUGGCGACGAGAUGCUGAUCGUGCUGGAGGAUCUGGAUGUGGCCAGUUAUGAUCAGAGAAGAACCAGCGUGAAGGACAGGGAGAUAAGGGCCUGUCUGAGCUGGCUUGCCCACUUCCAUGCUGUCUUCCUGGGUGCAGCACCAGAGGGUCUGUGGCCUGUCGGUACCUACUGGCACCUAGAGACCCGACCUGACGAGCUGGAGGCCAUGGAGGACGCCGAGCUCAAAGCAGCCGCCAGCGACAUCGACAGGAUCCUCAACGAGUGUCGCUUCAAGACCAUCGUUCACGGGGACGCUAAGUUAGCCAAUUUCUGUUUCUCCCAGAGUGGGCAGGACGUGGCAGCUGUGGACUUUCAGUACGUUGGUGGAGGCUGUGGGAUAAAAGACGUUGUGUAUUUCCUGGGAAGCUGCAUGGAGGAGAAGGAGUGUGAAAAGAGGGUACCAGCACUAUUGGAUUACUAUUUCUCAGAGCUGAAGCUGUCUGUGAAAAAAGAUGUGGACUCUGAUGCCCUGGAGAAAGAGUGGCGGGAGAUGUUUGCAUUUGCAUGGACAGAUUUUCAUCGUUUUCUGCUGGGAUGGAUGCCUGGACACUGGAAGAUUAACCGAUACAGUAAACAGUUGACCAAGGAGGUCUUGCACAAACUUAAACAGUGAUCAGAAUCUAUAAUUAUUGGCUUCCACAAAAAACAUCACCACAAAUUAAUAACCGCUAACAACAGAUUAUCAAUUUUAAACCUGGAAGCAUGAAUAUGGGGAAAGGAAUCAGCCACACAAAUAAGUCCUCUCGUGUGUAUGUGCAACCAUGUAAUUCCUAUGUAAUUUGUGGAUAAAUAAAAGAGUUUGAAACAUG